UCAAUAAUCAUGGCGGCGCACUACGGUGCGGGACUGGCAGCCAGAGCAGGAUUGAGCAGUUUUCUGCGAAGAGUUUGUUGUCUCGGAGGCGGCACGCCCCCCACAGUGCUGCUGUCUCAGCAACAUCGACGAUUCUUCUGGAGGAAAUGGAAAAACUCCAACAAAGUAGUUCGACCCGCUACGGUUCGGCCUGCCUAUGCAGUACCAAAGCAUAUAAUGCGACCUGACUAUGUAGGUACUGGAGUAGUCCCAGAAUGGCCAGACUACAUCGAGAUCAAGGACCAAGAGCAAAUCGAAGGCCUGUCCAGAGCCUGUCAGCUGGCCCGGCAUGUGCUGCUUCUAGCUGGCCGCAGCCUCAAAGUUGGGAUGACAACAGAUGAGAUCGACUUUAUUGUGCACCAGGAAACAAUCAAACACAACGCCUACCCUUCCCCUCUCCGAUAUGGAGGCUUCCCCAAGUCCGUUUGUACAUCUGUGAACAACGUAGUGUGUCAUGGCAUACCCGACAGUCGUAAACUUGAAGACGGAGAUAUCAUCAACGUGGACGUCACUGUGUAUUUGGACGGUUACCACGGAGACACCUCAGAAACAUUCUUGAUUGGUCAGGUGGAUGAGGCAGGCCAGCGAUUGGUGGAAACAGCCCGGCGUUGCAGAGACGAGGCCAUCGCUGCCUGCAGACCAGGUGCACAGCUUUGUGUUAUAGGAAACACUAUCAGUGAAAUAGCUCAUGCCAGUGGAUUCAGAGUGAGCCCUUAUUUCAUAGGACAUGGAAUAGGCUCCUAUUUUCACUGCCACCCUGAAAUCUGGCACCACGCGAAUGACAACGACAUGACGAUGGAUGAAGGGAUGUCUUUCACAAUAGAGCCCAUACUGAUGGAGGGAUCCACAGAGUUCAGGAUCAUGAAGGACAAGUGGACCGCCGUGUCUGCCGAUGAUAAAAGGUCAGCUCAGUUCGAGCACACGGUGGUCAUCACGUCUGAUGGAGUGGACAUUCUCACCAAACUACCUGAAGAGAGCAAUCUGUGACCUGAAGUUAUCAGUUGUCACUGAUCCAAUGCUCCUAAAGCGCUUCCCGCGUCAGGAAUUUCAUUCAUUUACCUCAAAAUUCUACUUUUUAAGUGGACGGUGCUUUUGAUACCAGACUAAGGAUUACAUCUCUGUAUUUCCUCUCAGUUUGAGCUUGGAGUUUAUGACUGAGUGGGUGAUGCAUUACCUAAGUUGUGUUUCAUGCAUGUGUGUGUGUGUGUGUGUGUGUACUGGCAGCAUGAAGAGAUGCUGACAGGUCUUAUUAUUUUAUUUAUUGGCCUCUGAAGAGUUUAGCUCUUGUUGUUUUUUUUGUUUUUUUUCGAAGUGUAGAAAGGAAGAAGGACAUCCAGCUGUCCAUGAAACUGCCCCCUCUUCCUAAAACAAUAGAAUAUGCACAACCAGAUGUGGAGUAUUUAAAUAUUUCCAGGGUUUUCAUGUCCAGCAAAGCACAUAACUGUGUUUGAGAAUGCUGCAUCAUUUUUUUUUAAAUUUAUUUGUUGUUUUUUUCUUUAUGUUUUUGAAAAUAACAAAUGUAAUUUACUUACUACCUAUGCAGGAAUUUGGUUGCUAUUGCUCCUGGCAAAUCUCCAAGUAUAACCAGUAGAGGGCAGCACAUACUGUCAAACCCUGGAACUGUGUGUGUGUGUGGCGUCCUUCACAGAUGUCCUCACUCCUCUGGAGCAGUAAAACAACACACCACAUCUAGCUUUACAGAGUCGGCCUGUUGCACCCUCAGCAGUGACGUGAGGGUCAUGAGUUGUACAUCUCAGUGUGUUUAACCUCGUUUCCUGUUCGGCACCAAGUGCCAAUUAUGAAACACUUUCAAAAAGUAGGUCCUAGGGUAACACGGGUCAGCCUUACUGGACGGAAAUCACUAAGGUGAUAUUUGUUGACGUGGAAAAGCAGACUGACUUCAUACAAUCUGCUGAAGAGGAGAGUUCGAACAAGAGGUUAACGCUAUUCUGGGGUAUAAAUUCCAAGCAUAGCAUCAUCCUUUUGUUCUAUUUUUUUUCCAAUCCACAGUCUUUAUCACUACUCAGCAGGUGGAUUCAAUAAAGACAAGCUGCGCACAAACAGGAGGCAGAGCUCUCAAGGUUUCAAGUUCAGAACACACAUUUGUUACUUUCUCCAGUAGUUGGACUGCAGUGUGUUGUAUGUGUGUGAAUAAAAACUUCUGUUUCAA